AUGGCUGCUGCUGCUACCCUGACGCCGCCCGUCUUCUCCGCCGGCCCGGCCGGGCAGCCCGACAUCGCGUACGCGCCGAACUGGGACACGUACCAGGCGCGGACCAAGCGGCGCGUCGAGGGCGAGGCGCUGCCGGCGACGCUGCCGGAGGGCUUCCCCACCCAGCUGCGGUCGGAGCUCGUCUGGGACGGCGCGACCGUGUCGGACACGUACCAGUGGUGGUACAAGCUGACCGAGGAGGACAUUGCCGAGAUUGACAGUGCCCUGCAGCACUUUACGAGCCUCGGGAAGCCGCUCGGCUACAUCUCCCAGGAGACCUUCCCGCUUCCCAAGCUGCACGCCACCCUCCGCGACGUCUCGCGGGAGCUGCACCGCGGACACGGCUUCAAGGUCGUCCGGGGCGUGCCCGUCGCGCGCUACACGCGCGAGGAGAGCGUCGCCGUGUACGCCGGCCUCGCCGCGCACGUGGCGCCUUCGCGCGGCCGGCAAGACACCCGCCGCCGGGGCCCGGACGACUCCGCCGAAGACGUGGUGCUGGCGCACAUCAAGGACCUGACGGCGACGGUGGACCCGCACAAGAUCGGCGCGCCGGCGUACACGACGGAGAAGCAGGUGUUCCACACCGACGCGGGCGACGUCAUCGCGCUGCUCGCGCUCGAGGCUGCCGCCGAGGGCGGCGAGAGCUACCUGGCCAGCAGCGGGCACGUGUACAACCAGCUUGCGGCGACGCGGCCGGACCUGAUCCGGACGCUGGCGGAGCCCUGGAACAAUGACGAGUUCGGCAAGUCGGGUCCGCCCGGAUACACGGCCCGCCCGCUGCUCUACCACCAGCCGGCCCGCCCCGACGCCGACGACGCGCCGGAGCGGCUCAUCAUCCAGUAUGCGCGCCGCAGCUUCACCGGCUACUGGGGUCUGCCGCGCAGCGCCGACAUCCCGCCGAUCACGGAGGCGCAGGCGGAGGCGCUGGACGCGCUGCACUUCACGGCGGAGCGCAGCGCGGUGGCGCUCGAGUUCCAGGCCGGCGACAUCCAGUUCGUCAACAACCUGAGCAUCUUCCACGCGCGGGGGUCCUUCAAGGACUCUCCCGAGAAGCAACGCCACUUGGUCCGCCUCUGGCUGCGAGAUGAGGAGCUGGCGUGGGACACGCCGGAGCAGCUGCGGCCGCUGUGGGAUCGCAUCUACGCGGGGGUGACGCCGGAGAGUCAGGUCUUGCCGCUGGAGCCGUUUGUGAGGGCGCCGGCGAGCGGCGAGAAGGUGCCGGGUUUGCAGUGA